AUGGAGAAAAGGCUCUAUGAUGUCGCUGCGGACGGUGACGUUUCCACUUUUGUUCAUUUGCUUCAAGAAGAUCCACUUCUUCUUGAUAAAGUAAGUUUGAAUUGCCAGGAUAAGAAUCCUCUGCACAUAGCAGCAAUGCUGGGGCAUGUAGCUUUUGUACAAGCAAUCUUAGGAGUUAAUUCUGAUAUGUGCUUGGUUCCUGAUCGAUUUGGGAGAAACCCACUACACAUUGCAGCCAUCAAAGGCAGAUUGGCGGUAUUGCAAGAGCUAAUUCAUGCUAGGCCCCUAGCAGCUCGAGAAAAAACAGAAGGUGGAGGCAACAUUUUGCACUUGUGCGUCAAGUACAAUCAGCUGGGGGCUUUGCAGAUUCUAGUCCAGACUAUAAGAGAUCAUGAGUUUCUGAAUGCCAAAAACGAUGAUGGCAUGACCAUUUUGCAUCUGGCAGUUUGUGACAAGCAAAAUGAGACCAUCAAAUACUUGCUACGGAACAAGGUAGUAGAUGUGAACACGAAAACUGCAAAUGGGAACACUGCUUUAGACCUUGUUCAGGGAGACAUUUACUCAGAAAUUGCGCGAUCUCUUGAAGACGCUGGAGCCAAAAGAGCCAAGGACAUAUCUCCCUCUGCUACUGCGGGAAAUGACGGGCAUGAAAAUAAUUCACACAGCCAGCCUUCACCGGGCGGGGAUUGGCUAGCAAGGAAAAGGGAUGCACUAAUGGUGGUGGCCUCACUUAUUGCAACAAUGGCAUUUCAAGCUGGGGUGAAUCCGGCUGGAGGCGUUUGGCAAGAUGACAAAACAGAUUAUCCAAAUCCACACAACGCGGGAGAAGCUGUGAUGGCACACAGCCAUCCAAAAUACUACAAAAACUUCAUCCGGGUUAAUACAGUAGCCUUUGUUUCAUCUCUGAGCACGAUCAUGUUUCUCAUCAGUGGUUUGCCCUUCAGGAGGAAGUUCUUCAUGUGGUGUUUAAUGGUGAUCAUGUGGUUGACAAUUUCAGCAAUUGCUUUAACUUAUGGCAUCUCGAUCGUGAUUGUAACGCCAAAAGACUAUAGAAAACAAUUGAGCCAUGUCAUCGAGACUGCUGUCACAGUGUGGUGCGGUGUGAUGGCGCUCCUGCUGCUGGGGAACACGAUUCGGUUGAUUAACAGGUGGUUCAAAGGUCGUGGUAACAAUGUGAAUCGAAGAAUUAAACGUGGGAUUGAUUCUUCAGUUCAAUCGCAAAGCAAUGAUAAGAAUGAGGGUCUUCAAAUGUGUUGAUACUACUUUGUUGAUCGAGUAAUGUUGCUUGGAUUCCAACUCAAAGCAAGAAGAGUCUGUGUAUUUUCAAAUCCUCAUCCAAAUCCACUCUCCUGUCAGGAUGACUUAGAAAGUUUACAAAUAACGAAUUUUCAAUCCAGUCGAUUUGGGUAUCAUUUCGAAUCCUUUCUUUUACAUCUCUUAGUCUCUCCCUUUGAGUAAUGCAUCUUGUUUCUGUAAGUAGUGAAGAAUGGAUAGCAUGCAAUGACCAUAGUAUUUGAUUUGACUUUGUAUUGUUGAGUGUGGUUUUAGACCUCACCUGCACAUGCUAGUUGUGAUAGUAUU